UUACGUUCGCUUGUUAUUAAAAAAGAUAUUGAUUUUCUCCAAAGAGUAUAUUUAUAAAAUAACAAGGAUUCCAUAUCACACCGACUUAUUUUCUUAAUUUUGUCUCUUUAUUCUGUUGGCGUACUGCGUUUUGAUGACAAAGCAAAAAGCUAUCAGACACAAAAUUGUACCGAAUAUUAGGAAAAUGCGAAAAAGAUAGAUCUCAUUUAAAAGAUUUCCUUAUUCUUGACAAGAUAAAACAAUACUAUAUCAUGGUGUACUGUGCUGUAGCUAAUUGCGGAAAUACAUCUACAAAAAUUUCUAAGAAUAAAGACGGGAUUACAUUUCACAGAUUUCCUCGUGAUCCUGAUAGACGGUGCUUGUGGGAGAUAGCUGUGAACCGUGAGGAUGAAUGGUCAGCUUCAGCAUUUAGUGCAGUGUGUUCUGAACAUUUCGAUAUAAAGGACUUCUAUAUAACAGGGGGUGGGCUGCGCCGCUUAUCAAUAGAUGCUAUCCCAUGUAUAAAUAUUUCUGCUUGUCAAAUUCCUAAACCAACUUUUUCAAAGCUUCUUCCUAUUGAUGUGAAGCCAUCGGACUCUGAUGAAGUCAUGAAAUUAAAAUUUAAAGUAAACAGACUUGAAAUCAUAGCUGAGAACAGAAAACGUAGAUUAAACAUGCUGUGGCAAGGCCGGAGGAGACUCAGGAAAAAACUAGAAAGAAUGAAGUGUAUAAUAAAGCAUCUCAUUAGACAUAAAGAAGAUAAACUCUCGGAAAACAAAGUAAAGGACUAAAUAUUUGUAGUAAAUGGAUAAAUCUUAUCCCUUUAACUGUGUAUUCCUUUUAGAUGUGAGUAUGACUCAGGAAAUACAUACAAUUUGUAUGGUAUAGAUUAUGUUUUACAAAUUGUAUUUUUGACAUGUCUUAAAAUAGUACUUGCAAUUUGUUUAUGAUCUAUAUUUCACGAGUUCUCCCAAGCUAUAUUCCUGAUUGACUUGAAAUUUGUCACAGUUACUUCUAUCCGAUAUAGAUGCUUACUAAGAACGGAUUUUUUAAAAAUCCUAUCCAAAAUACAUUUUUCUUCUUGUCUACUCGUGCGAAGCCGGGACAAUUAGCUAGUACUUUAUAACAAAUAUAGUUUUGAUAAAAGGUUUGUUGUUGUAAUUUUUAUAAAUCUUACAAAAAGAAAACUAUAUUUAUGAUAAGUGUACAUUACGAAUAAUGUUAAUAAAUAUUAAUUUAUUGAGACUUAGUAAGCAUUGAAAAAGUAUAUUUUCAAUGUUUCAUUUUGUACAUAAUCAUCUUAGCAAGAACCAAUCAUGUGGAUAAUAUAACUUUCAUUCUCAGACUUUGUUCUUUUGCUACAUCGUUUUCUUCCUCUCUUAUUUUACUAAUGCAUAUUAUAUAGUUUUGUAUAUUAUUAUCUUCUACAGAUGUUAUGUUGAAUUUUGUUUAUUCGUCAUCAUGUUUCUUCAUUUCCCGGCCUAUCAAGUGAAAUAACGUAACAUACGGACAAUUCGUAUGAGGGGUAUAUACGAAUUAGGGUAACUACUUUUUUAAAUACUAGUUCUUUAAUGCUCAAACCUGAGAACAUUAAUUUGUUGUUUGACGCGUGCUCUCUAUGAUGUCAAUAUAUUUGGAUGAAAUAUUUGGAUGAAACGGUUAUAAUUAGGAUCUAAGAGGUAAUUCUCUCGUUUGUGGUCUAGCUACACUUCUUCGAAUUGAAUAUUGAAACUGCGAGCAUCUUAAACACAGUAAUUCAGAUACUGUGUUUUAUUUAUAUAUAACGUUAAUUAACUUUUACGAUUUUUUUUUAAUUUAUGUAUUAUAAUUAAAGAAAGUUCCAAUAUAAUUGUCAAUUUCAAUUACAUAACAAUAAAAUUUGUC